AUCCGCGUGACGACGACCGGGAUUGUUCGGCGUUUGUUUGUGAUCUUCGAUUCGCAGUGUCCCUCAGCUACUCACGACUCACGAUGUCCCCCCCUAUAUAUACCUCGCAUACCAUCACGCAGCUGGUAACUCGCACUAGUCAUUCACUUUCAAUCCAAACUCUAUCGCUACCCCCGAGCAGGAUAUAUAAGAAUGGAAACCAUCAGAUCCGUUACCAACACCAUCUCCGAAGCGGCCUCGUCGGCGUUCCAGUCGUCCUACGAUGUCGCCAGGAAAGGCUUUGGCGAGGGUACCAACGAGCAUUACGAUCGAGCCCGCCCGUCCUACCCAGCCGAAUCUCUGCAAAACAUCCACAAGAGCCUCUCCCCGACCGCCUUGUCCCGCCCAGAGGGCCUGAACAUCAUCGAGCUCGGCUCAGGUACCGGUCUCUUUUCCCGGAUCUUGCUCGCCCCGCCCUCCUCCGAAUAUCCUACAUGGAACAUCCACUCGUUGUACGCCGUCGAGCCUUCCGAGGGAAUGAGGACGCAGUGGACCAAGAAAUACGACGGACUCGUAGAAUCGGGAGACUUUGACCCGGGACGAGUCGUCAAUGGUGGCGAGGUCCAGACGUUGAAUGGGGGGUUCACGGACUUGUCCGGAUUGAAAUCGAGGUUGAGGGAGAGGGGGGAAGAGGAGCAAUGGGCGGACUUGGUCGUCAUGGCUCAGGCUUGGCACUGGGCCCAUCCUGAUUACGAUGCCGCUAUCAAAGAGAUUGCCUCGAUCAUGAAACCAGACGGCGUCUUGGUCUUUAUCUGGAACAACGAAAACCGUGAUCCCCCCUAUCCGCAAGAUCUACGAACGUUUGAGAUGUCGCUCGAGGCCGGGACGCCACAACAACACCGAGGUCUCUGGGAGGCUACCUUUGAAGCUCCAAGUUACACCGCCAACUUCAGGGAAGAACGGGGUGACCGAAACAUUGUCCACUGGAAGUCUGUGCAUGACGACCGCAAGCGUAUCGACAGGGUGCUUUCCAAGUCGUACGUGGCUUCUCGUUCGGAAACGGAAAAGGAAGAUAUCAUCGCCAAGAUCAAGGAGAUUCAGACGACCGACGACGGGAAGGAAUGGAUCGAUCGAGAGGCUGGAACGUAUUAUCAACCUUGGUGGACUCUGGUCGUCGCCAUGCACCGGAAGUAACGGCUCAAAUUGGUAAAACUUCCACCGCACUUCAUGCCCUAAAUGAAGCUCUUCGUCGUUUGUGUUUGGAGGUACCAUGCGGUCCGUCUUACCUGGAGACAUGAGCGCUUGGGGACGCUUCAAUUCCAUGUGAUUCCCCUAGAGACCCAUUGAGCCGAUUUGUGCUGCGACUCGCGAUACGACACAGCAGAACCACCAUCCAGGUGAUGUGCUUGACAAGGAGUGAAACACGGUUGACAUUCGCAAUUUCGCAAGCGUACAUGUGAUGUU